AUGUCUUCUGCAAAUCCGGCGAAACGUCGUCCCAAACGCAGAUCCAGUAACGAUCCCGAUCGUCCAUAUCUACAACUUCAAGCGGAUGUUUUAGAGCUAGACUAUGGCUCACCGGCUCGGAGUAGAAAGCUUCCCAAUCUGUCUCAGGGACGCGAUACAGAAAAAGAGGAAAUGAAAGUCGAUAUUGACGAAGCAAUGCGAAGACGUCGUGUCGCCAACGAAGAGACGGACGAAAUUGUUGAGAUGCUAAAAAAGAAGGUGGAUACUUCCAAAGAGAGGAUCUCUGCUUUAGAAGAUAAGGUCAAAGAUCAAGAAGCUGAAAUUGAGAAGUUAAAAGGGAUCAAUAAUAGGUUGCAAACAGAGAAUAAUGCGGAAAUGUUGGAAUCGAAAAUCUUCAGUUUGAAGCGUGAACUCGAAGACAAAGACGCUGAGAUUUGGGGGCUGAAAAGGGCUAAUUCCCGUUGGAAAGACCUGCUUCAAGAGGAAAAGGCAAAUACUAAGCAGAUAACCUCAGAGGCAAAAACGUUGGAAACAGAGAAGGCCGAGCAAGCCAAAAAUUACCAAGCUCUGGAGGGGACUAUUUCGAAUUUGAAACAAGCGAUACGCGAUAAAGAGCAGCUUCUAUCAGAAAGCAGCGAACAAAAGACCGAAAUCAAUGCUCUAACAGCUGGGAGGCAAGAUCUUGAAAGAGAUCUGGACGAAGCAAAUCAAAAGUUAAGCUCCGCGGUCGAGAAUGGCAAAAGUUUACAAUUAGAACUCAUUGGUGAAAUCACCAGAGCUCAGGAACUGCAAGAAGAAAAGCGGGCACUAAACUCGGAGUUGGAGAAGAAGGAAAAGUUGCUAGAUACACUCCGUAAAUCUAUCAGAGCGAUUAGAGCGUUUACAAAUGAUGAACGGCUCUAG